GUAAGAAGAAAAAGAAAGAAAAAAAAAGAAGAAAGGGAAAGAGAGAAAUAAAGAGAGAGAGAGAGAGAGAGAGGAAAGGAAAAAUUAGAAGAAGAAAAAUAAAAAGAAAAAGAGAAAAAGAAAAAGCGUCACAGUAUUAUCGAAGAUAAGAGUGAACGGAAUCGAGAAAAAUAUUGAGAAAAUCAACCAACGGAGACCCGGCUUCCCGUUUCUGGUGGUGCAUCUUUUCUUUUCUUUUUCCAUUUCCUUUUCCCUUGUUUUUUUUUUUUUUUUUUUUUUUUUCUUUUGUGUCCCUUGCUCCUUUCUUUUCUAACGGGGUGAUUGGUCGGUUUGGUUGGUUAGUUAGUUUAUCUGGUGCCGAAAAAAUCCUACUACACCUACUUCCUAGGUUUUUUUGUCAAUGACGUACCAGUGCUUGGAGAAGAAGAACACCGGUGGUCGUUGUCGGGAAUUCGAUGCUCUCGCAUGUCGUCGUCCGGCAAAGUGAAAUACAGAUUCGUCGUUUACUUCAUUUUUACUGGCUUAGAGCUGACUAGCAUCGACGAAAGCGUGGACGUCGUCACACCGGAGAUGAAAAUUGAAACGUCCCAGGAUUUGACAUAAAGGAUAGGAUUUCCUUAGAAGGGGAAUGUUGUUUAUUGAAAAUAUGGGAAAUCUUCUGCCGUAGUGGCAGGUGUGAUGUUGGUCACGCAGACUCCCUCCUCGAUGGACAAUCCACCGAAUAUGUUAUCGGUGCUCGAGGGGGAGGCGCAAAACGACGUGGAUGACAUAUUCCCACCGCAUGUCGAUACAACGAACAUCGUAAUACAACCAGAAUCGCCAACAAGUAAGAAGCAACCAUUGAAGACUUUCAAAGAGGUCAAUGCACUUUUACAAACAGGCAGGAAGAGGGAAGUAAAGUUAAUAAUUAGGGAGAAUGCUUGGCCUUUAAACAAUGGUAUUAGGGCACAACUUUGGCCGGCUCUUUGCAAUCAGUAUGCGCAUGGAAAGAAUAUGCUUGAUGGAUUUUAUUGGGACAUGGUGAAUCAAGUCUUUGGAACUACAGAGUUACCUGAAAAAUCAAUCAUGUUGCCGCCAUUCGUCGAUAGCACGCAUUGUCUAUCGUAUAAUUUAACGAGAAAAGGUAGAAGCGUCGCUGAUAGAGUUGUUUCUGUUCUUGGAUACGCUUGUCCUGAUAUUACUUAUAGUCCAUCGUUGUAUCCUAUUACUGCCCUUCUAUUACACUUUAUGCCAGAAGAAGAAUGUUAUCACUGUAUGGCCAGUUUAGUAGCUGUAAAAGAAAAAAUGUUUAUUACACAAACGAAACUUCUCUAUGAAGUUACAUGGAAAACUGUAGAGCAAAUAACUAAGAAACAUGUGAAAUCAGCAGCAGUACAUUUAACAAGGCAUUGUUCUGUCUCAAGAGCAGAAAGGAUUUAUAUGGAUUGGAUAUGGUGGAUCCUUCAACUUCUUCCAUUUCAACAUCUUGUUAGAGUAAUAGAUUGCUUUUUACACGAGGGCAUUAAGGUUUUUUAUCGAGUAGCUAUGGCAAUUGUUUUGCUAUUCUACAAAUAUUCGUCGUCACAAAAUUCAGAAUGGAUGGUUGAAAUAACUAAAAAUGGUGUGGAUGCUGCACUAUCAAAGUUUUGCAGACAGAUACCUGUAACACCGGCAAAAUUUUUACGAACUGCAUUUGGAAUUCGUGGACUUAGUUCGGCAUACAUAUCACGAGUAUUUCUGCGUACAGAAAUGGCUUUGAAAAGUAAAAGCUUAAUAACUGGGUCCAAAUCAUUAACAAGAUCUCGAUCAACGGAUAAUCUACCUACAAGUCAAUCUCAAGUCAACAUCCAAAUGAUGUCACAUACAUUGACAAUAAGAGAAGGUGCUCACAGUCCUGGACCCAGAGCUCUCUCAAUGGGUGUUUAUCCCAUACAAAACAUAUGCUCCCAGAUUCUUGACAUGCCUGAUUUAUUCACCUUGUGGUCAUGGCUACCCAUGAGAAUAACCAUGUACCAACCAAUUUUGCUGUACACUACAGAAGAACACGGAUGUUCUUUGACAACAUUUUAUGUACGCGUUGAACAACACGAACCAACUCUUUUAAUGAUAAAGACAUGUAACAACGAGGUUUUUGGAGCAUAUUGCUCUACAAGAUGGUGCGAACGUAAUUUAAAAGAUGAUAAAGGUCAAAGACAGGCGUAUUUUGGUACAGGAGAAACAUUCCUGUUUAGUUUGUAUCCAGAAAGAGCCAAAUAUCCAUGGGUAGGUAUGGAUUCUUCACACAAUGAUUCUAGAGUACAUCAUUCGGCUGAAUUAUUUAUGGCGGCUGAUUCAAAAAUGAUAACAAUUGGUGGAGGAGACGGCCAAGCAAUUUGGAUGGAUGAAAAUAUAAGAUACGGCAAAACCGAUCGGUGCUCAACAUUUAAUAAUCCACCAUUGUGUGCUAGCGGUGAUUUUGAAAUCAGGGUACUCGAGGUAUAUGGCUUUGCCGGUGCUUGAAAACAAAAGGAGCAGGGGGAAAGAAACAACAACAAUAAUAACAACAGCAACAACAACAAUAACAACAACAACACCAAGAAAACAGAGAACCAAUUGCCAUAUAUUGAUUUCUUUUAUUUGUUACUGCCACUAUGCGACUCUCUUUAUAUGUAUGAGUGCGUACGUAUACUCUCAUACACAUGUUGGCUUAUAUAUAUAUAUAUAUAUAUAUAUAUAUAUAUACAUUAUAGACUAAUGUAUAUAUAUAUACAUUAUAGAUUAUGGCUUCGACUUAUCAUCUUACAUGUGUAAACGUCUUAUGUCUAUAAUAAGAUGAUAACAAUGAUGAUAUAUCUUCUUGGUCACGUACAUGUAGGAAAUAUUUAAAACUUUAAGAGAUACGUCUAUACAUAUGAAUGUUUUGUCGCAGCGAGUUAAUCAAAAA